GGGCACAAGGCGGUCGAGAAGGGUUAUCUUGAGGAUGCUGGCUUCGCCAUCAACGGUGGAAAGGGAUGGUCAAAUGUGGUUUUUGACAACCACCAAAUUGAUGUCACUUGCAAUGUUGCCAUUGCCAUGGGCAACUACUUCUUCACCAGCGCUGCAGAUGGAAGCAAGACCAAAGUUGAGUACACUUUCGGCUACAAGAAGAAUGCGGACGGCAAGGUGCGCAUCUUCCUCCACCACUCCUCAGUGCCAUACAGCGUGCCUGCAGCCACCAAAGUGCAGCUUGGUCAGAUGCAAUCAAACACAUUUCCAAGACCUAUCUUGAGGGAGGCGACUACGUUGCAGCUGCUGCCAAAGCAGCCGGUGAGCUCUAUGGCUAUGGACACACAAAUGUGCUGUUCAAGCCAACCAAGGCAGCUGAGGCCCAGUUUCGACCCACAGCCUCAGAUGCCAUGUCCUACUUUGUUGGGCACAAGGCAGUCGAGAAUGGGUAUCUUGAGGAUGCUGGCUUCGCCAUCAACGGUGGAAAGGGAUGGUCAAAUGUGGUUUUUGACAACCACAAAAUUCAUGUCAGCGGCAAUGUUGCCAUUGCCAUGGGCAACUACUUCUUCACCAGCGCUGCAGAUGGAAGCAAGACCAAAGUUGAGUACACUUUCGGCUACAAGAAGAAUGCGGACGGCAAGGUGCGCAUCUUCCUCCACCACUCCUCAGUGCCAUACAGCGUGCCUGCAGCCACUGCAUCUGGAGCGAUUACUGAAGAGGAAGUAAAGAGUGUGCAGGCAGCAUGGGCCAAUGCCAUCAGGAGUAUCUCCAAGACUUAUCUUGACGGAGGCGACUACGUUGCAGCUGCUGCCAAAGCAGCCGGUGAGCUCUAUGGCUAUGGACACACAAAUGUGCUGUUCAAGCCAACCAAGGCAGCUGAAGCACAGUUUCGACCCACAGCCUCAGAUGCCAUGUCCUACUUUGUUGGGCACAAGGCAGUCGAGAAGGGUUAUCUUGAGGAUGCUGGCUUCGCCAUCAACGGUGGAAAGGGAUGGUCAAUGUGGUUUUUGACAACCACCAAAUUGAUGUCACUGGCAAUGUUGCCAUUGCCAUGGGCAACUACUUCUUCACCAGCGCUGCAGAUGGAAGCAAGACCAAAGUUGAGUACACUUUCGGCUACAAGAAGAAUGCGGACGGCAAGGUGCGCAUCUUCCUCCACCACUCCUCAGUGCCAUACAGCGUGCCUGCAGCCACUGCAUCUGGAGCGAUUACUGAAGAGGAAGUAAAGAGUGUGCAGGCAGCAUGGGCCAAUGCCAUCAGGAGUAUCUCCAAGACUUAUCUUGAGGGAGGCGACUACGUUGCAGCUGCUGCCAAAGCAGCCGGUGAGCUCUAUGGCUAUGGACACACAAAUGUGCUGUUCAAGCCAACCAAGGCAGCUGAAGCACAGUUUCGACCCACAGCCUCAGAUGCCAUGUCCUACUUUGUUGGACACAAGGCGGUCGAGAAGGGUUAUCUUGAGGAUGCUGGCUUCGCCAUCAACGGUGGGAAGGGAUGGUCAAAUGUGGUUUUUGACAACCACCAAAUUGAUGUCACUGGCAAUGUUGCCAUUGCCAUGGGCAACUACUUCUUCACCAGCGCUGCAGAUGGAAGCAAGACCAAAGUUGAGUACACUUUCGGCUACAAGAAGAAUGCGGACGGCAAGGUGCGCAUCUUCCUCCACCACUCCUCAGUGCCAUACAGCGUGCCUGCAGCCACUGCAUCUGGAGCGAUUACUGAAGAGGAAGUAAAGAGUGUGCAAGCAGCAUGGGCCAAUGCCAUCAAGAGUAUCUCCAAGACUUAUCUUGAGGGAGGCGACUACGUUGCAGCUGCUGCCAAAGCAGCCGGUGAGCUCUAUGGCUAUGGACACACAAAUGUGCUGUUCAAGCCAACCAAGGCAGCUGAAGCACAGUUUCGACCCACAGCCUCAGAUGCCAUGUCCUACUUUGUUGGGCACAAGGCAGUCGAGAAGGGUUAUCUUGAGGAUGCUGGCUUCGCCAUCAACGGUGGAAAGGGAUGGUCAAAUGUGGUUUUUGACAACCACCAAAUUGAUGUCACUGGCAAUGUUGCCAUUGCCAUGGGCAACUACUUCUUCACCAGCGCUGCAGAUGGAAGCAAGACCAAAGUUGAGUACACUUUCGGCUACAAGAAGAAUGCGGACGGCAAGGUGCGCAUCUUCCUCCACCACUCCUCAGUGCCAUACAGCGUGCCUGCAGCCACCAAAGUGCCGUCCCCAAGCUUGGUGACAACUUUGCAGCCAACAUUGGUUGGAGCAUUGAUUUGAUCUCUGAGAGGCCUGCUUUGGUCACAUCUUUAGUUUUUUUUUCGAUGCUGACGGUGACUUGAAACAGUUGCCUGGUCUGGUGCUUUGAAACAAUUUGAAACAGCUUUAUUGCACUUUUCUGCACGUUUGAGGCUUUUUAGGUUUGUCCUUUGUCCAGCUUUUGCCUCAAACAUUUUUGUGCAGUAUCAAAUUGAUUUGUACACAUGAUAUAGAUUUAAUGAUUGAUUUUUUUAGCCGGACCUAGGAGCCGGCUGCGGGGAUGAAAAAUCCCCACCAGAGGAGGUAUCUUUCGAAGUUUUGGGAAGGGCCAAUGGGCUGUCAAAGGCCCGCGCUCUUCAGCCAAGCAGCCAGUACAUACCUGUGCUUUGCUUGGAGACCCUUGCAGCUUUUCGCAAUCGCCCGCCUC